CUUUCAAACCCCUCACAUUAAACACAGAGACAUAAACUCAUGAACAUGAACAUGCCAUUCUCCUCUUUUACAAGCUAACCUCAUAAAUACUCUCCUCAUCUUCUCUCUCUACAGAAGACCUAAAUAAUUAAUUACAUCCAUUUUUUCUUCUCUUUCUUUCUCUACCUUUCAAUAUCUAAAUAAUGUCGGCCUACUAUAAACAACCACCGCCAAUGUAUUUCACCUCCGUCAACGGCGAUACAAUUCCCAGCACCGCCGUAUAUAUUUCAAACGAUAAUUCCCCUUCUUCUUCUUCUUCAUCAUCGUCGUCGAUUAUGAUAGUUAUCAUCGUUGUUGCAUCCGCCAUUAUACUUUCUGUUUCCAUUUACCUCCUCCUUCGCCUACUCUCCCGAACUUACUCAACCACAAAUGAUGUCGUAGUAUCACAUCGAUUUUCGGGUCAACUACUUGAGUCAUUGCCGCUAUUCAGUUUCGGUUCAGUGACUGGUAAUAAUUUGGCUGGCAUUGAGUGUGCAGUUUGCCUCUCGAAAUUCGAACCACAUGAUAAGCUACGUUUGCUUCCUCUUUGUUGUCAUGCUUUUCAUAGUGAAUGUAUCGACACGUGGCUUGUAACUAACCAGACUUGUCCUCUCUGCCGGUUUAAUGUGAACCCUAACGAUACCGAUAUACUCAGCAAAGUAUUGGCAACUGACAGUCGUACUAUUGCCACUCGUAGUAGCGGUAGUUUUAGAGUCGAAAUGGGUAGUAUAAGUAGGAGACGGGUCGGGUCAGAUAUCGAAGGGCGUAGAUCGUAUUCCAUUUGUUCAUUUGAAUAUGUUGUUGAUGAAGAAGGACAUGAAGUUUCUAUAGGGUCUGUUCAUCAGAGAGGUGUUUCUGAAUGUAGCGGUGAUGAUAAUAUAACUACUGACGUGUCCAGUGGACGGAGUUGGUUAAGCGAUUACGUUGACAGAAUUGCGUCAUUUCGGAGUUCCGGUAGGUUUAGCAGCCGGCGGAGUGACGUCAUCGUUCCUAUUGACGAUGAUAAUUUGGAGGCUGGCCAGACUGGGGUGGAGAUUAGUGAGUAUUUUCGUUGGCUCUCAGGGGUAUGAUUUUAGCAUGGAAGGGGCAAAUUCGUCUUUUCGGACACUUUAUACUCCUGUAGAUAAACACUAAAAACAACAAAUUUUGCUAGAUCUACUCUCUUUUUGUCAGUUUUUUGUGAGUGGGUUUAGCAAAAAUUGGCUAAGGUCUGAGUAUGUAUAUAUACAGUUAAACCAUUUUGUUCUAUUCUUUUCUGAUUUUAUCGACGUAAAUUUUUGUGUAGCGGUUUAUUGAGUGGCCAAAAAGUUCUAUUAAUGAAGCAUAUUCAUUUAUUAGUGGUAUUUUCACGUUAUCUGGUUGAGUUC